CACUAUACAGAUAUAAACGCAUUAUCGGCUUUGCCAAUGUUGAUAGCUUGUACAAUUGUACAGAGGCAACACAAAGAGAAUUCCGAGCAACAGAAAACCAGGGCGAACAAAAGAAGAUACCUCCAGCCCGGUAAACUUAGCAGGUUAUUGUUAACCUAAUCGAUGGGUGUUUUUUGUCUGGUUUCCUUGGUCUCCACGGGUUGCGGACCAGAGGUCGACCAAUAAUGUUUUGUUGCCAACAAACGUGGUUCGGGCAUUGAGAACUGGAGCCUGAAAUACGCCGUUCCGGACUGAACUUGUGUUGUAUUGUGGUAUUUUACGGUCGGUCUAUAUUCCUGACAUUUGGGUACACAAAUCACGGCUGCUGCUUCUCUGAGUAACUGAAAUUUGUUAAACUUUAGUUUGGAACUCAGUAUCGACGAAACUAUUCUGUCAAUGGCCUUUGCAGAAUGACGGAGUACAGCCAUUGGAUGGAGACGUUGUAUGGCUGGGCGCCGGCUGCAAUGAAGCCAAAAGCACUGGGGACCUAUGUUCACAGCAGCGGUUUCCAAGGCCUCUCAAAUAUUGGCAUGGUGGUUCGAGAUCUUCAGACAGGGAACAUUGUUCACUUAGAGUCACAGGCUACGGGUGGUCUGCUAAGAGUGAACAGUGUGUCUGGUAGAAUAGACUUUGGCGGCAUCUUUGGCAAGCAAUCUCAAUUUAUUGUCCAAAGAUACUUGGGUGAUGUGGUCACAUUGAGGUGCGUCGCCAACACCAAGAAUUUUCUUGUUCUUCGGAAUGGCACUCUCUACGCAAACGGAAAGGGCGACCCGCUCUGCCGAUUUCGUUUUCAUCUCUGUGAAGGCCAGUACAUGAAGUUUGAGUCCGUCCAUAACGCAAACCGCUUCAUGUCGGUUCACAGGAAAUACGGAGGAGACGAGGAUGUGCGAUCGUUACGGACUAAGAGUGUCAUGUCCUCCGGGGAAAGGGGAACGCAGGGUAUCUUCAAAGUCGUUCUCGUGGGACACAUGAGUCAAAGUUUUGCAACAUAGUCUAAGUACAGCCACCACUCAACCAGAGGGGACCAGAGAUCUUAACCUUCCUGAUGAGCUAUCCUGUUUUCUUCCUUGGUUGCCCAAAGCUCGAAGUGCACAUCAUAUGCUCAAGUGCUAAAACAGAAAUGGUCACUGCGGUAUGCGUUGUGGUUUUAAUGCACUCGAACUGAAGAAAGGAUGAUGCUGACACGACAAACUUCAAACAAACAUGGGCCAAAGGAUGAAAAAGUUUGUCCCCUGCUUGUUCAACACCAUGCAAAUAAAACAGAAAAGACUCCACAUUUGUAUGGAGUCCAAACUGCUCCCCGUAACCUGUAAAUUGUGUACAAAGACAAAGAGUGUCACAUGGGAGUUUUCCAAACUUUGGCUUCACCCUCAGCUUCGGCUUCAUCAUUGGCUCAGGUCAUUUUAAAACUUUUUUUUUUCAUGUCAAAACUCCAAACCUGACUGAAAUACUCUAAAGUUUGGUUCAUAGUAUUGAAUUGGUAUUCCUGACGCAAAACAUCAACCUGUCUAGAGCCAGGGUCCCCAAGUUAGGGGCCUAACAAAUUAACUGAAGGCAACGCUGCAGACGAAGCCACUGUUUGGAAAAUCCCCUAAUCCUUUUCCUUGAUUUAAAGAUAUAGUCCAUCAUUGUAAUUUGUGCAUUUUGUUCGUUUGAAGCAACAAAAGUGUUCAAAGUCU